GACAUGGCAGACGUCACAUACCUGUCAUUUAAAUAUCCGUAAAUACCCUUUGAAUAGUAAAUCCAAGAUGGAUGAAAUAACAAUAGCAGAUGCUUUCUCUAAUAGACUUUCAAUUGAUGUUGAAAGAAGUCUGAUACAUCAAGACAUUCUAACACCGCCAACUUCUUCAACAUCCACUAAUUUUAGUGUAAAUUCAAGAACUUCGGAUAUUCUACAACGGAUGCGUGCAUCUAGAGUAAUUCCACCACAGAAACCAGCUCCUAGAAUGCCCUUACCACCAGUACCUUCACAUCCUUACGCGAAUCCAUCAUCAAAUUACGCGUCUUCACUAUCUUCUUCUCAAGCAUCACUCGAUCGUCCUUCCCAUAAAUUAGGAGCUCCUAGCACCUCUUCAGCUCAAUCAUUAGUUCUUCUACCUAACUUCGACGAAUGGAGCGUUAAGAGUAGCAAUAUGAGCACGCACGAUGGAAGAGAAUCUAGACAAUCUACAUCGAAACUUUCUAAACGUAAAUCUAAAGCUUUCUCUUUAAAGAUACGAAAUUUCUUUAAGGAAUAACGUCAUUAUAUCAGACACGAAUAUUACACGCUCUUUACACGCUCUUACAGCAUAUCAAUUGCAGUCAUCAGUUAAUUACCCUCAUUUAUAAACCUGUUUAUUGCUUUGGCCUUUAUGAAUACCAGCACGCUCUUUUACAGACAGACAAUUUCAAUUAUUGUUUUAGUAUUGAUUUAUAUUGUAUACAUAAUAAAUUCAGAUAUCA